AUGCUUUAUAAUGUUGAUGGUGAUCAUCGAGCUGUUAUUUUUGAUCGUUUUCAAGGUGUUAAACUAAAUGUUAUUGGAGGAACUCAUUUUAUGAUUCUAUGGCUUCAUAGAUCAAUUAUAUUUGAUAUUCGUACACGACUACGGUCUGUUCCAUCAAUAACAGGAACAAAAAGUUUAGAUUAUGAAGAACAUGUUUUACCAUCGAUUACUAAUGGAGUUCUAAAAUAUGUUGUAGCUCGAUUUGAUGCUAUUGAAUUGAUUACACAACGUGCACUUAUUUUUCAACGUGUUAGUGAAUUAUUAACAGAACGUGCUGCUCAAUUUGGUUUAUUACUUAAUGAUAUUUCAAUUGCUGAACAAAGUCGUCAAGCAAAUGUUAUUGCAGCAGCAGGUGAAGCUGGUGAUGGUUUAAUCGAACUUCAACGAAUCGAAGCUGCUGAAGAUAUUGCAAAUCAAUAA